AUGGACCGUCCCGAGGACGCAAAGAACGACCGCACCCGAGCAUCCAGAAGGUUCACUACUCUCGAGGGAUGGCGCGAAGUGCAAGAUGGGCUGUUCGUUGCUCCCGGUUCGACUGUCGCUGCCAUCGUGUCAAAUCCCGCCCAUGGCCCGGACUGGCCACUCCAAGACGAUAGAGUAACUCGUACACGACAGACCAGGAUACAGCUGAAGUCGGCCAAUAGAUCUUUUGUCGGCGAAAAGGGCGACGCUUUGAAUCACCAUGGUCAAGCAGGCUUGUGGCCAGACGGACCGACGUAUGUGACAGUGACGAAAGACGCAAGCGCCGUGCAACAUGACCAACUUGAGGCAUUGUCAGAGGGCGAAAACGACUUGCUAGAGGAAGAAAUUGACCCUCCGUUUCACGUCUUCUCCAAGCAGAGGAAGUGGUUCAUCAUCAUCACCAUCGGAGUUGCCGGUCUAUUUUCCGGCCUAUCGUCAAACAUAUACUUGCCGUCACUGUCUGCCAUUGCCAAGAGAAUCAAGGACCUGAAAGUCAGCCUCAGCGAUGUCUCAUUAACCAUCACCUCGUAUCUCAUUGUCCAAGGCGUUUCUCCUUUAUUUUGGGGUUCCCUGUCCGACACCUUGGGCCGUCGGCCGAUAUACAUAUACUCCUUCUCGGUUUACAUCGUGGCCAACAUUGUGCUUAGUCUGUCGCCCAACUUUCCCGUACUCCUGGUCUUUAGGGGAAUGCAAGCAGCUGGAAGUGCAUCGACAGUUAGCAUUGUCCGCAAUUUUAGCAUUGCCGUUGGGCCCGUCAUUGGAGGAUUGCUGUCCAACUUUCUUGGUUUCCGCUCCGUGUUUGUCUUUCUACUCGUCAUGUCCUCCAUUGUCCUUGCAACAAUCGCCGUCUUUCUCCCGGAGACGCUUCGGACAAUUGCUGGCAACGGCUCGCUGCGACUCUCAGGCAUCCACCAACCGCUAAUUCUUCGCUUCUUCAAAGAAAAACACUACAAGGAGGAACCUGACUACACGGCCCCUCGCCCCAAAGUGACUAUUGCGACGUUUCUCAAGCCCCUCACGCUCCUUGGGGAGAAGGAUAUACUGGUUAGCUUGGUAUUUGGGGGAACCGUGUACACCGUAUGGAGUAUGGUUGUUGCCAGCACAACAGGGCUAUUCAAAGACCUCUUUCAACUGAGCGACCUUCUUCUUGGUCUAGUCUUCUUACCCAACGGUCUGGGCACCAUCGUUGGCUCUGCCGUUGCCGGCAGACUCAUGACGAGGGAAUUCGUGAGAUCCGAGAGGAUUUACCUUCAAAGGCACCCUUCUGCCACGCCCCCCUCGAGAAACAAGAAAGAUUUGCCGGCAAAUUUCCCAAUCGAGCAUGCCCGGCUUCGCCACGCGCCGUGGAUAUCUGCCCUGUUCAUCGUCGCCACUGCGCUCUACGGAUUCACGGUGCUUCCAGCCGCUCAGCUUUCUAUUGUUGCGCGGCCGGGAUGGAUUGCCGUGCCCCUCGCCCUGCAGUUCUUGAUCGCCGCUACGUCGAAUGCCGUCUUUGCCAUUAAUACGACUCUAGUUGCGGAUCUGUGUCCGGGCAUGGGCGCAAGCGCCACGGCAAUCAACAAUUUAGUCCGCUGUGGGAUGGGCGCGCUUGGAGUUGGGCUGGUAGAUUCCAUGCUGGGCACCUUGGGGGCCGCUGCCACAUUCCUGGGCUUGGGUAUUCUCACUGUAGGGAUAGGAGUUCUUUUGUACAUAGAGUGGAUUUGGGGCAUGCAGUGGCGGAAUGAGCGACUGAGAAGGAGUCGAAUCUCUUCCAAGAUGUAG